AUGAUUUUCCAUUUGUCCAUCUGUCCAACAACUUGUUACCCCGGGGAGUCUACUCUUCAAGUUCAAACAUGUGUGAUCUAUCACCCCACUUCCUGGUGGUGGUGUCACAUGGACGGUGGCAAGGAGUCUGUUCACAGUUUGUACCAUGAUGCUUUGCAAGCCAGUCAUGCAAGGGCUUGCGACACUGUUGGUGAUAUGCAAUUUUGGUUGGAUACUUGUUUCCCCAGCUAUUUGAUGUGCCAAUUGCAUAUUGGUUUCAAAGAAGUCGACAGGGUGCUGCUUGUGAGUGGCAAUGGGAUUUGGUGA